GAGGGGAGAGGGAGAGAAACUGGAGCAAGCGCCCAACAUAACAGUCGGGACUCAAUGCAAAAGGGGGAGACACUGCUUCUAGUAAGCUACAACCAGACAGACUGACCUCAGAGCAAGUAAGAGGAGCUAGAGCUGCUCCCGAGCGCUUUUUUUAUUCUCUCAGACAAAUGAAGCAUCUAGCUAUUUGACCAUUUCUGUUGAAAGAAAUAGAGGAUACGAGCCAACUUCAACUGCGGGAAGCGAUUGCUUUGUGUCCGGCAUUGUGCAUUUUUUGCUGGAGACACGUCACUUGUUCGUAAAAGUGUGUUUCCUCGUGAGCGAUCCCAGCCUACAAGAAAAAGUCUUCCAGUAGACCAACUGACCUACUUCACUUCUGCAUCCUAGAGACUUCAAGGAUUACAGAAGAACCUACUUUGAAACUCACAUUUCACAAAACUUUGUCACGUAAUUUAACCAAUGAGGUUCAGCCUUAGAGAAGCACAAAUACCUCACCCUGAGUUUUUCACAGAUCCUGCGACUUAAAAGAGAAAGUUAAUACAAAUAAGUUCUCUCUCCAGCGAACUUUCGUCCUCUCCCUUACCCCCAUUUGGCCUUAAUGCCAGAUCACCAAUCUGGUCAAAAGGACUCAACAAUGGAAAGCCUGAAUCUUCACUUUGCAUCUCCCAACAACAACAACGACCUGGACAUAGACACAUACUCUAACUACAGCGAAAGCCUCCCGCCACUGUCUCCCAGACCCGGUGACGAUGAUGUCCCGCGCCGCCAGACCAAAGGCGGCUCAAAGAACAGCAUGUCCAGCCGUCGCAAACGGGAGUUCAUCUCCGACGAAAAGAAGGACGCCUCCUACUGGGAGAAGCGGCGCAAGAACAACGAGGCGGCCAAGCGUUCCAGAGAGAAGAGGAGGAUGAACGACAUGGUGCUGGAGAACCGUGUGAUGGCGCUGAAUGAUGAGAACAGCCGUCUGAAGACGGAACUCCUGCAGCUGAAGCUUCGCUUCGGCCUCAUCAGCACUGCUUCCUACAUGGAGAAGAGCCAGCAGCUCUCCAACAGCGGAAACGGACAGUCCAGUGCUGGUAACCCCUACUUCUCCAGUAGCGGGUACUCCAGUGCCUGUGGUAACACUCUGCUGAACUCCGACUCGUCCGAAGCAGAACAGUCCACCAGAGGGGAACGCCACACCCCACUCCCAAAAUACUCCCCAAGAGGAUCCCUCUCCGACGGGUGCAUGUCUGACGACUCUUCCAGCCCUGAGCCCAUGGGCUAUGAGAUCAAGAUGGAGUCCAACGACACUGACAUGGAUGCUGGUCUCCCCACUGGGAUCUCCUUCAACGGUGGCCACCAACACAGGUCCCAAGAGGCCGACUGUGCCAUGGACUUCCACCACAACCACCAGAACAACUACCGCCAGGAGUCUGCCAGCCCAGCACCCCAGCAGGUAGCGGCCCCAGCCCAGAGGAGUGUGAUCCAGAUGUACCGCUCCCCCAGCUCCUCCUAUAUGGAGAGCCAGAACCAGAGGCAAGCAGAGGACAUGGAACAACAACAGUCCCAGGUCCAACAAAGCAGACAGUCCGAGAACACAGAGACCAUCACAGAGGAAGUCCAAAGGUACCGAGCCCGUGAGGAGCAGCAAAGACAUCAGGAGACACAGAGAAGCCAGUACAGCCCUUAUCAGACCCAAGAUGGCGGCCACAAGGAAGGAAUCGCCCCAGAGCUCCUCCACCACAGUAGAGAAGAAGGCAACAAGUCAAGCCACUCCUCCAACCAGCACCACAUCAACAACGCCUAUCUCAGUACCCUGGAUGAGGAGGAGCCCCCAGUGCUCACUUACGAGGGCGGCCCCAGGGCCGGAGAGGGCUUCUACACAGAGUCCCACUCUGGGAAAGACACUUCGUCCAGUGAUGGUGAUCAAAGGAGCUCAGACAAAGAAGGUGGUUCCACUAGCGAUGACGAGUCACCGUCAUCUUCCUCUUCCGAGGUCGGAAGCUACAACCAGAGGGCGACAUCACAGAUGUCGGUGCCACAGAGUCAGAGUGGAGACGAUCAGGCCACCUACCUGCCCCACAAGCUCCGCCUGAAAUACAGAGCGCUGUCCAAUCAGGGGGAGGUGCCAAACAGAAGCCCCGCCUCCUCCACAUCCCCCCCGCCCUCUCAUCCCCAGCAUCCCUACCUGGCCCUGCCUAGCAACCACCAACAUGGCGGCCAUAGCAAUGGGGAAAACAAAGAGGCAGGGAACGAGUCAGAAUUCUGCUAGCAGAGGGAAGCAAGAGAAAGAGAGGAGGUGUGGAAGGAAUGCAAAAAGGGAUCCAGCGCAGGGAGGAAGAAUAAGAGGUGUGAAUAAGGGAGCACCAAAGACUCUUUGAGAUACUGCGACCAACAAACAACCUCAGUUUUGCUUCAUCAUCAGGUGUCUCGCUCGUUUUCACCUACCACUAUGCCAACAGACACUCCUCUUCGAUGAUGAUGAUAAUAAUAACAAGGACAGUCAAAGUGAUGUUCACAAUCCCCACUGACAGAUUCAAAAGACUUGGUUCACUGUGUCACCAUGUUUUUAUAUGGACCCUUCCCUCACUCCAUCCAUUUAUCCAAUCCAUGAACAAUGAUAAUAAUAGAUCACUUAUUGGUUCAGCAAAUGUGGUGGAGUGAAAAGAAUGAGAGGAAUGGAAUGGAUGGAACUCACAUUUUCUUUCCUUCGGGAAAAGACAAACAUCACAUCACAAUGGAAGGUUAGAAUGAACGUUAAAAUGGAAGGCUGUUUUCAGGCUCUGGUUUGAACUCUCAAGUGGCCAAUUGCUUUGUGGGUGGUAAGGCAUUCUGGGAACAUUCCCAUGACCAAAGAAACACGUCCAACCCCCCUGACAAUGAGUUCCAUUCUUCCUCCCCCCCAACAAAACAGCUGUACCAGUUUCCGUUACUCCAUAAACACCUAACCCUGCUUUAUGCAGAAUAGGAAACCCAAUCAUUUUUCAAGCACUUGGAUUGUAAAUAACUGUGAUAUAGAAAAUGUACAUAUAUUUAAAUAUAUUUUACAAAGAAAAAAAUGAAAAACAACUAAAAAUAACAAGGAGAAAUGGAAGUGGAAAAAGAAAAGCUAUCAGUUUGUCCUUGUGAGAAAGUUUUUGUACAGUCCGUUCUCAAUGUCAAUGAAAUGCCUCAAGUUGUUUUCUUAAAAAAUGUCUGUAUGAACCACCGCUGCAAGAAACUCUUUCUUUUAGAUUCCAUGUCACUAGGAAAUGCCUGGAGCAACCUACCGUCAAUUUACCUUUUACUGACCUCUUACACACACACACACACACACACACACACACACACACACACACACACACACACACACACACAGAAAGCCCCUGUUAAGGCCAGUUACGAACAUAUCACAAGACUACACACUACACUUUUUGAACGGUAAAACCAUGAAUACAAAAGCACAUUGCAAUCCAGAGCUCAACAAAUUCUCAAUUCAUUAGACUUACUGAUCAUAGGAAUCAAGUAGUAAUUGCACUUGAGAAGCAAUGGGGGAAACGACUCUCUUCUCACUCAAAGGUGCCUCUACUUUUCAUAGGUCAAAAGAACCAAUCCCCAAUCUUGGCCUUUACAUUGAGUUGCUUUAUCAGCUGUAGAUCAUACAGGCUGUACUAGUUAAACGUCUCACAUCCACGUGCCUGCCUACUGGCCGUUCUGUAUAAAUGUAUAGUUCUCUAUCUCUCUUGGAUACUGUUAUUAUUAUUAUUUUAUUAUUAUUUUCUAUUUGAUUCAGUUCUUUUGGGGGGUUAUUGUGUGUUUUUUUCCGUCCCCUUGUAUCUUCCUGAUUGUGAUGCUGUAAUGUAUGUAUUUUACCCAUGUCCCGAUCCCUUGACAUUUGUACUCUGUGAUAUUGUUCAACGUUUGUGGUUUCCCGGAUGGUUAAGGAAAAUGAUUUUCCAGAAAUGGGUAAUGCAAUGGUUAUAAUGACAACAACUCAUUCUGAUUGUUGAAAGAUUGAAAACCUUGAAAAAUAAAAGGAUGUUGAAAAAAACAUAAAUUAAAAGUAA